AAACGACUGUAUGUUAAACUUCCGUCCAUCUUUCUUUCUCUAUUGCUGAUGUGUUAUUAGAGUAGAGAUUUGGUUUGGGUGUAUUGGUGUUUGCUGGUCGUUGUUAUUUAUUUUAGUUGUAAAUCCGUGUUGCAGCAUGCCUUUCUAUCAGACUUGGGAGGAGUUUGCGAGAGCUGCCGAGAAACUUUAUUUAACAGAUCCUAUGAAGGUUCGAGUUGUUCUCAAGUAUCGGCACUGUGACGGGAACCUGUGUAUGAAAGUCACUGAUGAUGCAGUGUGUUUGCAGUACAAGACAGAUCAGGCCCAGGAUGUCAAGAAAAUUGAGAAGUUCCAUGGCCAGCUGAUGAGACUUAUGGUAUCGAAGGAAUCACGCAGUGUUUCCAUGGAAACAGACUGAUCUGUCAAUUUUGUUUGCAAAUACAAUUUGGACAGUGUUGUCAUCUGACACAAAAUUGGAAGACUGAACAGGAGAGACUUUGAUAUGGGGGGUUGGGAGGGUAAAUUAAAUGUUGGUUGGUAGAGAGAGUGAUGGGGAAAAAAAAAGGAAGUCCUGAGGAUAAUUCUGGCAUCUAGGCAAAUUCUUGCAGGAAUACCUGUAUUUAUGUAUGUGGAUGUAAAGGUUUGGAACAAAAUGGUUCUUUUGCAGAGUGCUGUCUGGCCUGUUAAUAUGAUGAGCUGUUAAUAAAUGUUCAGGUAUUUGGGAUAAUAAGAUUUUUUGAAGGUUGUCCAAACGAAGGACCCUCGUUUUUGUUAUAAUCGGUCCACAAUCAAGUUUCGCUUUGUAUUUUGGGUUCUUCAGAGCCCCUUUCCAGGCACUUGCAUGCCUAUAAGUAUAUUGUAUUUUAAUUACAAUUUGUUAAUUCAAGAUUAACUUCCUUUAAAAGUAAUUUUUUAAAAAGGUACAUGGGUUUAAUUUCUGUAAAAAUAUUUUAGUUUAAAGGUAACAUUUUGUUGUGGAUGUGUUAAGUUUAAGUUUUCACUUUCACUCUUUGGAACUUCUGUAUUCAUAUAUAUUAAACAAAAUUGAAACAUGUACAUGGUACAUUUA